AAAAAAAAAAGAAGGGCAAGUAAUAACAAAACGCGGAGAUCCCGAGGACACUUGCUCUUCUUCUUCGAUUGAUCAUCCUCGGAGGACGCUAAGCUUUCUGCUGGUUGGAUUCUUAUCUUCGUCCUUAAGCAUUCAACACAACAGAAAUCCCCAAUUUCCCUUACCCAUAUAUUUGAGGGAUAUACAUAUACAUAUACAUAUAUUAUAUAUAUGCGAAAGAGGUUCAAUAUGCUGAAAAGAACAGCACAGAGCUUCUCCUCUCAAUCCCCACCUUCAGCUCUUCUUCUCCUGUCGAUCUUUGUCUUCUCGAUUGCCGUAGCCAUGGCCGAGGGUUCCUCUGAAGCCUCCGUCCAGAUCGUCUACACGGAGAAGCCCCCUACCGAGGAGGCCGAGUCCCACCACAUCAGUACCCUCACGACCAUCCUCGGCAGCGAGGAGGCUGCGAAGAAAUCUAUCUUGUAUGUCUACACCCAUGCCGCCACCGGAUUUUCUGCUAGUCUCACCCCACAGCAGGUCGAGGAGCUUAAAAAGCAACCAGGUGUUCUUCAAGUUGUUCCGAGCCAGAAAAUGCAGCUGCACGCAGGACGUGUCGGGCUUCACUAAGAUCGGAGAACUCAUCCCAGUCAGCAGACAUGCUAUCAUAGUACUAUACUACUACAGCUCCAUCAUGUGAAUGAGUUUUGUCUGGUACUCCCCUCCUGAAUUGAAACUCUGUCUGCUGUAAAUUCCAAUAAAUGCUGUUGGCCUUGGACAUUUUCUACCUAAAUGUCUCUUGCUGAAUGCUUAUAUAUACCAGCGUGUUUAAGACUGUGG